AUGCCACCAAUUCGCACUGAAUCUAGCCGUAAAUUGGCCAAUCAAGAGGGCAAGAUCCUACUAGCCCUUCAAGAUAUCAAAACUGGCCGUAUUCCAUCUAUUCGCGCAGCGGCUAGGCUAUACGACCUACCUGAAACAACACUACGUGGUCGCGCGCAUGGUAUCCAAUCGCGCGUUGACCAGCGCCCAACUGGCCAUAAAUUGACUCAAUUGGAAGAGGAUUCGCUUACUGAAUGGAUACUCUCUAUGGAUUCGCGUGGGGCAGCGCCUAGGCCCUCUACUGUUCGAGAGAUGGCUAAUAUCCUAUUGGCUGCGCGCGAAGAAGCUUCUCUAUCUACCGUUGGAAAGAAUUGGCCAUCAACCUUCAUUAACCGCCGUCCUGAGCUUCGUACACGCUUCUCACGAAGAUAUGAUUACCAAAGAGCCCUAAACGAAGAUCCAAAAUCGAUUCGGCAGUGGUUUGCGACUGUACAAAGUGCGAUUGACGAGAACGGUAUACAACCAGACGAUAUCUACAACUUUGAUGAGACAGGCUUUGCAAUGGGCCUUAUAUCUUCGCAGAAAGUAGUCACACGAGCUGAAUACUACGGUCGGAGAUCUCUUCUAUAA